AUGGAUGGGGGAAAAUCCCAAUCUUCUAAGGAGAGGGAUGAAGCCCCACGUGUGAAACAAUUGAAGAUUAGGCACCAAAGCAAGGGUAAAGAGACCGAAGCCCAAUCCGCCCAAAGCAAGGGAAAGGGGAUCGAAGCCCAAUCCUUGCCAAGCGCCUGGCUUCCCGCCCCAAUUCUCCACGGGAGGCCACUGUUGGAAACCACAUCCAUGAGGGACCUUGGAGAUGACGAGGGCGGUUAUUUGGCAGAUGCAUUAGAGAGAACCAUGCUACUUCCCACCGACGUGGAUAAGUUGAAGAAAAUGAGGAUGCAGGAGGUUUUCCUCAGUACGAAGAGGUACUUGGGUAUGAGUAAGGCCGCCGAGAAUGAGCGCUCCAAGUGUAUAGACGCCGUACGGACUCUCAAAGCUUCUGAAGAUGACCUCGCAAAGGCCAAGGAUGCCUUAAAGGAGGCUAUCCGAGAUAGGGAUAGCACCUCGGCGGGUUUAGAUGGCGCCCAAAAACAGACCGAGGAACAGAAAAAACGUCUACUCGAAGCCGAGGAUCAGUUGCGAAUAGCCAAGGAGCAGAUUAGUGAUAUAAAGAAAAGACUGAUCUUGGCAGAGAAUGAUAAGGGCGUGGCGGAGUAUGCCCGGGACGAAGCCAUGAGGGCCAAGCGGGAGGCUGAGUUUGCCAGAAACGAGGAUGAGGCUGCCAGGAAAAUGGCCGAGGAUGAGGGUUACAACGCGGGGGUAGCUGAAACCCAAGCCUCCCUUAAAGUCCAAAUUCCCGGAGUAUGCAGGCUAUACUGCUCCCAGGUUUGGGAAGAGGCCUUGAAGCGAGCUAGGGUGGAUGCUUCGUCUGAUUUGUGGAAAGCGGAGAGCAUAUUUUACCCUACAGCCAUCCGUGAGGUCGCCUCCACCAGCUCCGAGGCUGUGAGCGAUCAACACGAGGGAGGGGUCACUCAGUCAGAAGCUGCACAGGUCGGCGUCCCUCCUGGCGAGUCACUUAAAGGGGGAGAGCUUCAUGAUGUGAUAGAAGCACCUAAACGUAUGGAUCCCAAGGUACCCAAAGAAGAUGCCGAGCCUAUGGUCAGCGCUCAGAUCCCUGAUGCCGAAGAGCCAGCCAUACUUGCCCAGCCCUUGCAGGCAAUUCCCCUCGCUGUGGUCCCCAAGAGUACCAACACCGAUCCUGCUCAGUCUUUCCCAGAAGGGACUGUCCUCCAGGGCAUCGAAGCUGGUCCUGUUCUGCCUUCCCAGGAUGUGGUCGACACAGAAUUGAAGGAGUAG